UGAUACCACAGCAACGGGUGAAAGCUAACUUAUUCCUAUACAGAACGCUGGAACUGGUUUUGGAGGGGAAUUAAAAAAAAAAAAAAAAAAAACGUCUUUCUUCGAACUAUGAUUCUUGAGGCCUGAUCAUUUUACACACCUUCAAGACAUAAACAUGGAAGAAAACAUCUCCUGUGGGGAAUCAGUUAAUUCUACAUCCCUCCCACCGCAUGAGCUACUAAUUCUGCACACUGCUGAGGCACAGGAAUGGGCAACAUAUUUGCAGCAGAUCCUGCAGAAGUCUUCCAGGAAGUUCCACAAAAGCUCACUUUUGCUUUAUACCAUUGGCCCAGCUGAUCGUGGGUACAACUUUGAAAAUGUUCACAGCUUCAAUUGCGUUGUGCUGCUCCUCACUGGAGCAUUCAUAGACUUCAUGUCUGAGCCUGAACUGCAUGGAGCCCUUCAGAGGCUGCUCCACCCAUCACACAGAGUGGUGGCGCUGUUGUGUGGCGUCUCCGAAGAAGACAUUCUGAUGGCUGAUGGCUUUGAAGAAUGGUCCCGUUGGAGGAAACUUCACGCUGAGGAUGAACCUGCUAUCUACGUCUCGACGAUUUUGGAGACCAUCACUAACAGCAAGCUACAGGCUGAACAUGUGAUCAAAUAUACAGCCUCAGAACAGCUGCACAUCACACGAGCCUCUUCAAGUGAAGAUCCCACCACAGAUGAGACACGGGAAGUGAUGUCAGACGAGUGUCGAAAAAGAACCUUGAAGGAUGAUGAACUUGUGACCGUCGGUCUUUCAGUAACCAAGGAAAUGAAUCCACACUCACACAUCAACUGCCUCACUGUCCAACCAACCCGACUUCUGUGUGGAGUGGAGGAAAGCAUUUUUAUCAUCUUUUCUGAUAAAGUAGAUGAUCUCUCAUCACCAGAGGUGGAGUUUUCUUCUGAAAAUAACCCAACAAAAAUAGUUCCAUGCACUGUUGAGAAUGAGUACACCAUAAGUCUUACUGCACCCGAAAUGCAAGCAGGGGUGGUAUCACUCACUCUGUGCUCUACUCAGUCACGUAUAAGCUUGAAAAGUGUCACAUACUAUACCAACAUGGGAGAAGUCAGUCAGUGUCUUGAAAAUGCUGCCGAUCCCAUAAAUUUCCUCUGCCAGGCUUUCAAUUUGAUGUCCAAUUCAAUUGAGUUUUUGGACAACAUUCUAACUGACUCAAUAAAAUCCAAGAUGCCAGCAUGUCUUCAGCUGUUUGGGAUCAGACAGAUUGAGGAGCACAAUAUGGCAGCAUAUAAGCGUAGUGAGGAACUUCCCACGCUGCUCCACUUUGCUGCGAAGUACGGCCUGAAGAAGCUGACGAGGGUCCUCCUUCAGAUUCCUGGGGCGCUGCAAGCUUACAGCGUGAUGAACAAGAACGGAGAUUAUCCAAAUACGCUGGCGGAAAAGAGUGGCUUCCCAGAUCUCCGACAGUUUAUUGAUGAAUUUGUUACUGCAGAUAUGCUCAAAUCUUACAAUGAAGGUCCAGACGAGAGUACAGAGGACUAUGAAGAGAUGUCAACUACCAAGUACUCAAGUUGUCCCAAUGACAUGUAUGUGUCAAUGCUGGGCAUAAACCCUGAGUGUGCGGAUGACCUAUAUGAAGUUAUGAAUGAAGUAGUGGAAAACCCUGAGGAAGCUAUGUUGAGGAAAUUUUUUCAAGCAAAACCUCACAACAGUGUAGCCCUGGAUGAGGGAGAGCAACUUAAAUGUGAGCAAAUGGAAAACGCAGAAGCAAAUGACCUGAACGAAAUUGUCAAUGAGUUCGAACCGUACAACCUCUCCAGUGAAGACAUCUAUGAUACUUUGGAUGACAAUAAUUGCCACAAUGCAGCAGUCCUGUCCCGACCACCAGCCCCGAUCCCCAGACCUGAAAUUGAGCCUGAGCCUGAACCUGAAAAACCUGUAACCUAUAUUGCAAGAGUAUUUUCAGAUAAAGCUAUGUCCCAAAGUCAAGCCAUGGGAACAUAUCAGGAAGCUGCAGCUCAGCCUGCGAUGGACUCCUCCAUACCUGUAUAUGACGCUUUUGCUGGCAUGAAGACGCUCGGUCAGAGACAGCUUAUAACCCUGCAGGAGAGGGUAAAAGUGGGAGAAAUUACUGUGGAUGAAGCUGUCUGUGAAUUCAAAGCUUGGCAGCUGGACCAUGAGAGCAGAGCAACCUCAGUGCGCUAUCAGCAGGAUAAUCUUAGAAGAUUAAGAGAGAGCAUCAACAGGCGUCACAAUGAGAGAGAAAAGGCAGGAAAGGAUCUUGACUAUGAGAUAAGUGCCCCACUGCAAAGAAACUCCUUUUGGGGGGCCACUGUGACAUUGGAGUGUCCUGUAUAUGACGGAACACCCAGAAUGGUGCCUCCAUCCUCCUCAGCAGCUCAAUUUAUCCAAAGAGGCAGCUGGAAGACAGGGAGCACAUCCAGUACAUCCAGUAGUGAGAGCAACAGACUUAGCACUCACAGCAACGUAAGCUACAGUAGUGGGACAGAGCCAGAUUUCGAGGACUCUUUAGAAAACCUCCCCCUUCCACCACGACCUUCCGAUGCAGCUCCACUAAUUCCACCCAGAAUUCCGCCACGAAAUUCACAAAGCAUGUCAGAUAAAAUGUUGCCCGAGCCUUACGUCCCCUACCCGACCCGAGCACCUCCUCAAAGACCUCCUCAAAGACACACAAAGUCUGCUCCUCCUGUUCCACGUCGACUGCGGUGAUGGACAGAAGUCAACGUCUUGUGUCCAAUCAUUUGUGUGCUGUUUUAAUGUUAGAGAAGAGAAGUGAAGAGGUUGGAUAGUGUGCACUUCAGUGGGGCAAGCAAAAAAAAGAACAAAUGAAACUGCCCACAUAGAGACAUUUUCUUCUCUUAAUUGAUUUUAAGGACAGUACCACUUUGCAAAAAGAUGCUUAUAGUGUGGAAUGUGUGAUUAAGAUACUUGCUGGAUGUGUCUGAGAAGCAUGAAGUUUAGAUUUGUGUGUGUGUGUGUGUGUGUUGACCUUACUGUAUUUAUUGUAUAUACAGAUAGACGAAUGGAUGGAUAGAUAAACAGACAGCCAUUCAUGCUAACAUUCACACCUAUGGACAAUUUGGACUAGUCUUCAAUUAACUUGCAUGUUUUGGGGGUGUAGGAGGAUACCUGGAGAAAACCUGCAAACAUUCAAACUUUACACAGGAAGGCCAGAGCAGAGAUUCAAACCCCAAACCUCUGAACUGUGAGAGACGCAUGCUAACCACUUGGCUACCGUGCUGCCCAAUAUUAAUCCCGUGAGGGAAAUUAGCUUGCCACAGCCGCAAUAUUCAAAUAUGACAUUUGAACUUCACCCAAUAUGUACAGUGUAUCAAACAUCUAGUGAUAUGCAUAAUAGUUGUUUUGCACAUUACCUCCUCUUUGAGUUUCUAAACAUUGAAAUAAAUAGAGUAUGUCAACCCAAACAGCACAUUAAGAUGUUCUUUGUUUACUUUUGUAAAUAAAUAUGAUACAUUAUA